AUGGCAGUGGCUCAAUCUUCGUCGAUCAAUGAAGCAUACUCACCUCUCCCCUAUCUUUACGCCGCCACCACUCAAGCUGCAUCUCCCGCAGUCUUUUCCCCCAAACAAACCCUAGAAUUCCCCCUCCGAACCCCCAAACUCUCCUACCGAUCGACAUUUCUCCGCCCCGUUGCCGCCGUCGCCGAGGGGAAGGUUGUAGAGCUAGGCGAUGAAAUUUCAAACCUAACCCUUGCAGAUGCACAAAAACUAGUUGAGUACCUCCAAGACAAGCUUGGAGUCACCGCCGCCUCCUUUGCUCCUGCUGCGGUUGUUGCCGCACCUGGCGCUGGAGCUGAAGCACCUGCUGCAGAGAUCAUUGGCAGCUCCACCACACCUGAAGUUCCCAUGUACCCUCUUCAGUUAGAUGUUGUAAAGCAUCUUGUGAAACUGUCACCAGUCAGGGCUGUUUUAGCAUGUGUUUUUGGGAAUUGUAUUUUAUAUGGUGGCAAUGACUACUCAUCAACCAUGUCAGGCUCGUUGACUGAUGGGCCAGGGUUUCUGACCUUGAAUCGGUGGAUACAAAUGCAAACUAAUCUUCACCGAGUUUCAGAGGUAGCUGUAACUGCUGAGCAUUCGGUUAAUGAUGGAAUUGAGGCGAAAACUUAUGUUAAGAGGUUUCGGGAGCAUGAUAGUGAUUCUGAUUUGGAACAUGAUGAGCUGGCGGCGGUUGGCACCAACAGCCUUUCUGUUCUUACAGACACUACAAAUGAAAGUGGUAUAUGGCAAGAUUCACCCAAGUCAGAAGCUGCUGAAAUUGAUACAACAAUUUUUCUCUCUUUUGGAUGGGAGAAUGAAAAACCGUAUGAAAAAGCUGUUGAAAAAUUUAAAGUUCUAUCGUUAUUCAUAAGUGAAUAA